CGCUAUCCGGUAACACCGCGAUUUCGCUCUGCUCUCUCUCUACCACAGGUUGGGUUUGGGAAAAACUUUUAGCCUUUUAGCCGCGGUGAUACAUAGCAGUGCAGUGAAAAUUACCUAAACUAAACGCUAAUGAAUAGUUAUUAAUCGAGCGAAAUUAAGCACAAUUAGAGGAGCGCGCGCGCGGUCGCUUGACGAUGAAAUAAAAUUAACGCAGCGUAAGUGCAGGCGACAACAACAACAAACGUGUGGCGUGAAUUUUUUUCUUGUGAAAAGGAAAAGGCGAAAAGUGUUGUAAAAAAAAGUGAAAAGCAAGCGAUAAAGGAACAGGCAACCAAACAUAAAAAAAAGUAUUUAUGAAACGAAGGAAGGCAACAAAAGAAAAUGCAAAUAAUAAUCGGCAAACAUUUUAUAUUUUACUAAAUAAAAUAAUUUACUCUAUUUGUUUGCCGCCGCCGACGAAGACGCCAAAAACAACAACAACAAAGAGAGCAACAGUCGGAAGAAGAAGAAUAAUAAGCAGCAGCAGCAGCGGAAACAACAACAAAAAGCAAUACAAAAUGCAACGUGCAAGAAACUGAGAUUUUUUACUCAGUCAAUUUUUUUUGUUUUAUUUUUUUUGCACAGGCCACAUUUAAAAAUUGUCGCGUUGUUGUUUUCUUCUCCCUCUCUCUUUCUCGAACGCUGCAACCUUAAAGAAGAAGCAGAGCAAUUACGAAAGGAAAGAAAUGAAAUGAAAAAGAAAAGAAGCUGUGUAGGUGUGUGUGUGCGUGUGUGGUAUGUGCGUGCCUGAGAGUGUGUGUGAGCGCGCCACAUGAGGAAAUUGCCAGCAGCGACGCUGGCUGCUACGUCGGCAGCGUGUAGAACCCAAAAAAAUAAAGCAAAACAAAAAAAUGAACCCAAAAAAUAAUCCACAAAGAAAACAUAAAAAAACACAGUAGAGGUCACCAUAUUAGCAUAUAAUGCAUGUGUCUAUCCGAAAAGUGACAAGUAAAUUAUUUCAAAGAACUUGAAUUUGCAAUUUCAAAACUGAUCUAUAAAAGAAAUGAUUUGAACAUCUUAAAAAAUAAAACAUAACAUUUUUCCAUGUUAUUAGAGAAAAGUGUAUUUUGUUUUGACCCUCAACUAGAUUUAUCAAAUUCCAAUUGUAGAUAAACAUCAAGGUUUUUAGCAGUGCUAUUAGUUUGACCGCAGCUGUAUGUUUUGUUUUUGUUGCCUGCCACUGACUCACGUUUCAUUGAUAAGAAGAAGAAGAAUUCGAGGGAGAAAGAGGGAAGAUAAUCUAUGGGAAAAAUAGGAAAAGGAUUGCGGAAUGUCCUAAAAUAAACAAACAAUAAAUCGCCUUAUCAGCUCUACAAUUUUGUUUGUGUUUCUCUCUAGUUUGCAAAAAAAAAAUCAACGAUAACUUAAAUAUACUAAAAGAAGAAGACAAGGAAAUCAAGAAACAACAAAAUACUUGGUUAAAAAGGCAGGAAACAACGCAAGAAAAAUAGUCUUUCUUUUUUCUUGAUGAUUUCCGUUUACCAACCGAUCGAUCAGCAAGAACAAUCCUUAGCAGUACUAUGGUAAUAUCGAUCGGUACGAUGGGCCUCGUGCCGCAGCCACAUCGAAAAUUUGCAACGUACCGCUGGCUGUAAGGGAAAAUCCCCCUCCCCUCAAAAAAAAAAAAAAAGAAGAAGAAGAAGUAAAACUACAAGGCGAGACUGCAGAUAGAGGAUAAAAGAUUUAGACGAUAGAAGAGGUAAACCAGGGGUGAAGCACCACCCCCGCCCACCGUCGCACAAAUGAGGGUGCCACCAACAGGUUGACCACCAAAAAACAAAAACAACAAAACUAAUAAGAAACAAAAUAACAUAGUAAUAAAAAAAAAAGCCAACCGCACGACAAAUAGAAAAGGCAAUAACAACACAGAAACCACCAAGCCACAAAGCCAGCCACCGAAAGAGAUAGAGCGCUAAAACAAAGCGAGAGAGGGAGAGUGUGUAAACAGAAGAGGCGAAAAACGAAAUACAAAAAGUGUAAAGAAAACCCCGAAAAAACCCACCUGAAAAUCCCGCUGGAAAACCACUAAAAGCCCGCUACAAAAUGUUACAAAACUCGAACGCUGCCGCCGCAGCGCAUUCGGCAGCGCAGGCGGCCUCUGCGGUGGCGACUCCAGCAGCGGCCGCUGCAGCGGCAUCAGCGGCAUCCGCAGCAGCUGCUGCAGCAGCGGCGGCAGCGGCAGCAGCGGCCAACAACGCGGCACUGGCGGCCUCCUCCAUCCAGCCGAAGCUCAUCGUUAUCCGCCGGCGACCUAACCAGGGAUACGGCUUCACGUUGCGCCACUUCAUCGCCUAUCCGCCGGAAGAUGACCAGGCAUCGGCGGCAGCAUCUGCAUCGGCGGCAGCAGGAACGAUGUCGUCCAACUGGCCACAGGAAGCCUCCAGUAUGGCCGGCAGCAGCAGCGGCAGCAGCAGCAGCGUCGGCGUCGCCGGGAUCACCGGUUUGGAGCCAACGUCGCCGACGUCGCUGCCGCCGUACCAAGUGAAAGCGAUGGAGACCAUUUUCAUCAAAGAGGUGCAGGCGAACGGACCGGCCCACUACGCCAACCUGCAGACGGGUGACCGCGUGCUGAUGGUCAACAACCAGCCGAUCGCUGGCAUCGCCUACAGCACCAUCGUCUCGAUGAUCAAGCAGACGCCGGCGGUCCUCACGCUGCACGUGGUGCCCAAGGAGUGCGAUGUCCUGCAGAUGCACUAUACGAGCAUUGCCCACACGCCGGAGUCGAAUCGCCUGACCAUGUCGACGCACUCGCCCUCGCUGCUGGCCAACGGCUCCCACAAGACCACAUUUCCAGCAGCAACACAACAAGCAGCAGUAGUUGCAGCACCAUCGCAGCAACAUCAGCAGCAUCAUCAGCAGCAACAGUUGAUCUCAUAUCCCGCUGUUGCAGCCGUGACCACCACAUCGCCGGCAGGAUCGCCGCACUCGCAUCCCAACUCCCAUCAUGCACCAUCCCUGCACGGAGGCAGUCGAUCGGGCAGCAUUACCAGCACGGCCAGCGCAGGCAUUACUAUCCUGAGUCACCAGUUCUACCCACAGCAACAGCAGCAUCAGCAACAGCAGCAGCAACAGCAACAGCAACAUCGUCAUCCGGCGCUGACUGGCGGCAGCAGCAGCAUCGAUUUCGGGGACAUGGCACAUGGACUGCGGCAACAUCAGCAGCAACAGCAGCAACAUCUCUACCAGCAGCAGCAACAUCAUCAUCAGUUCAUGCGUGCCAAUCAGCCGCCAAAUUUAACAGUAUUAUCAGCCAGCUCGGCAACGAACACGCCCACACCCACGCCCACCGCCCGCCAGCCCAAAUCCUCAACGGUCCUCAGUCAGGCAUUGUAUGCAGUCAGCGCGGAGCACAGUUCAGCUGCCGGAUCUGGCUCGGGAUCCCUUUCGGGUGGCAGUGAGAAAAGCGACCUGAUGAUCCGACUGCGUGAAUCGAUCAAGCAGAAGGAGGAGUUCCUCAAGUCGCCGGUGCCCGUCUCUCUGUCCUCCGCCUCCACCUCCUCGACCAACGGCAAUCAAGCGCAAUCCUCUUCGCCGGCACAGCAGCAGCAUCUGCAGCAGCACCAACAGCUCUUCUUUCCCUCGCACACGCCGCCAGGUGGUGUGCAGGUAGUGGUGCCUCCACCACGCAGCCGCCAUCAGGUGCUACUCAAGCAACAGCAGCAGCAGCAGCAACAGCAGCAGCAACAGCAACAGCAACAACAGCAGCAACAUCAUGUUCUUGGCUACGAGAUGAGCUACCCCGGUGGCAAGCUAGUGCAGCGAUCUUCCACGGCUCCCGGAAGUGUGAGCUACCACCACCAGCAGGUGCUCCACCAGCAACAGCAACAGCAGCAACAUCACAUCCACCAGCAGCAGCAGCAGCAUCGCCAGGUGAUGAUCAACAACAAUGCCAAGUAUCCCAAGGAUCUGGACUACUUUGAGACGUUGCAGGAGACAGGAGUCACCAAUAAAGUUUUCGAGCGCAAGUUGGUGUCGCACAUGUCCAAGGGCUUUGAUCCGUUCAAGCCGCUGUCGAUCAACACCAGCGCCUUGGAGUCCUCCGCCAGCACAUCGAGCACAUCGACCACGACCACCGUGAAAAAGCAAAGUGUGCUGUACGAGUCCCUGCAGCAGCAUCCGUUGGCCAAAUACCAUCAGACGCAGCACCAGACGACGACAACGACGGUGGAUGGACAGACAAGCAGUCGGAUGGAGCUGCACAAGGCGACGCUUGCGAAUGCCACCAUCGAUCCGGUGCCAGUGGGAUCCAGCAAGUUUGUGGCGUUGCCGGAUAAGCCGCCCGCGGGUUCCUCCGUUGCCACCUUGGCGGACAUUGCCGAGAGCAGUGCGGCAACCCUUGCGGACUGUACGGUGGGAAGCGGCAACGUUGUGCGGCGCUGCAAGCCAUUAUCCUCCAGCUCCUUUGACGAAGGCAAACCGAUGCGUAGGAUCUCCUAUCUGAGGGCCACCAACAAUGAGGCCGACUUCAAUGCGGAGGCAGCAACGGGCGGAGGGAAUGCCGCAGCGGCAGGAUCAUCAGCAUCUGCUUUGGCAUCCGUUCCAGCAGCUGCAUCUGCAUCUGCAUCUGCAUCUUCUUCAUCCGGUCCAGCACCUGCACCCCUACCUAUUUCGAUCCCCAUUCCGGAGGCUGCUGUCGUAGAGCCGCAGAAGACGAAAUCCCUGGUGGAGGAGCAUCCCGAUCCCACCUACGAUGUGAUUGGAGGCACUGGCGGAGGCCAUGAGUUUAUCGAGACGCCAAACGGCCUGGAGGAUGUGCGUCUAUCAGCCCAUGGGAGUCGCAGGGCCUCCAUGACCAGCGACAUGCGAAGCAGCAUCCACAUUGAUGCCGAGUUGAAUGGCAAGUAUGUGCCCAACGAACUGGAGGCCUUCGAAACGGAGAUUGAGAUCAAGUCCUCUUGCAUCAAUGGAAAGCGCAUGUCCGAGUACCGAUCGUGGCGUCAGGUGAAGCUGGAGAUCAAGGGCGAUCUGCUGCGCAUCUACUCAGGCCGUCAUGCCAAAUCGGAGCACAAUGUGAUAGAACUCGAUAUUAGAAACUUUAAGUUCUUCGACGAGUCGAUGGAUAAGAAGAAGUAUUUGAUCCGCAUGCAGUCGAAGCCUUCGCCCAGUGGCGCCCAUUUGGCCUCGCUGGGUAAUGAGUUGAAUCUGGACGAGGGUCACGAGAAGCUCCUGACCUCCUCAGGCAGCAGCAGUGCAAAUGAGCCCACUGCCAACUCAGGCUCGGCCCUGAGCGCAUCCACCUCCUCGUCCACAUGCAGUAGCGUUCCAUACACGGAAAUCCUAUUCAAGACCAAGAGCAGCAACGAGAUGAAGCGUCUCUUCGGACUGCUUCAGUGGAAGGACAGUCUCAACUACGACGAUAACGAGCAUCAGCAACAGGGCAAGCAAUUGGCGGAACCGCAGAAAACAGUGGCCAGCGCCAGCUACCUGGACGACGCCCAAGGCGGAGCAGCUGCAGCAGACAGUUCUCCAUUGAGCUCGCACUCGGGUGGCAUUGUAGAGGCUAGUGGCGUUCAUCAUCAUGUUUCUGCCCUGCCAGCGGCUGCUGCUAUUGUGGCGGCAACCAGUGACUCUAUAUCGCCGGUAAUGAAGGCCAGAAAGUCGUCUUCGCACAAGCAUAUACCCGAUAAGGACCUGGGAUCGCCCAAAUCAAAGAACUGGAAGGAUUUGCUUUUCCGCCGUGGCGGUAGUGGCAGCGGUGGUGUGUCCCAUAAUGACUUGGCCUCUCCAUCCGCCUGCGCAGCCAAGCAAAUCGGUUCCAUUGGCGUUCCCCUGCGCAGCUGUCCCAUGUCAAAGGUCAACGCGUAUGUACCACAUUUAGUAGAGGUGUGCACGAACAUUGUGGAGACGAAGGGCCUGGGCGUAAUCGGCAUCUAUCGUAUACCCGGCAACAAGGCGGCCAUAUCAGAGCUAUCCGAACUGGUCAAUACUAAGGACUUCCAGUUCGAGAGCUGUGCCACCGAUGACCGUUGGGAGGAUGUGAAUGUGGUGAGCAGUUUGCUCAAGCUGUUCAUUCGCAGUCUGCCGGAUGCCUUGAUGCCGGCCAGCUACUACAUAAACUUCAUAGAGGCGGACAAAAAGUUUGGCCUGGAAAGGAUUGUCCUGCUGCGUGAGAUUGUGGAGUCGCUGCCACGACAUCCCUACGAGACAAUGAAGCAUUUGAUUCGGCAUUUGUGCCGAGUGAGCGGCAAUUGCGAGGUGAAUCGCAUGGAGCCUAAGAAUCUGGCCAUUAUCUUCGGGCCCUCGAUAAUCAGGACGCCGAACGAUACUUUGGAAACGGCGGUCAAGGACAUGAAGCAUCAGUGCCGCAUUGUUGAGUUGCUGGUCACACAGUACGACUAUUUCUUCGAGGGAGGCAGUCUGCCCGAUUUGGCCGAGGUAAGUGGCGGCUCUGCCGCCGUGAGCGCCGCACAGCCGCAGCAACAGACGCAGGAGGACCAGACGAACAUGCUGCUGCACAACCUUUCGAAGAUCGAGCGUAUCACCGAACGGGAAACCACGCGCACCUCCCGAUUCAUGCCCCAGCUGAGGCGAAAGACCCAUGGCAAGCGCAGUGCCGUUAACUCGGACACGUACUCCGGCGAGAGUGUUCUGGUAAGCGGGAGCUCCUCCAAUACCACAACCACCACCACCACCACCCACACCACAAGUAGCACAAGUAGUAGCAACACCAUCACCACAACCAUCAGUACCACCACCAUCCAGCAGCGACGGGCGCAGCGCAAGGCUGUGCAGAGCAUUUGCGACCAGGCUCUAAUCCUGCUCCUGCCCACACCCGUUUCCUCCGUCUCUCUUCCCUUUCAGUCGCUGGACUACGCGAAGGUAUCCGCUUCGGCCUCGGCAUCCGCCAGCAGUACCGCCAGUACCUCGAGCAGCUCGACGCUCCACAGCGGUGGCAAGGCAUCUGCCUCGUCCUCUUCAAGUUCCACCACCAAGUUCAGCUCCUCGUCCUCGUCAACAUCUUCGACCACGGCAGUCGCCGUUUCUUCCUCCACCUCAGCGACUACUUCCAAGUUGUUGAGCGCCAAUUUCAAGAAGCGCAGCACGGGAGGAUUCCUGGGUUCGAGAUCCUCACAUCAGACGCGCAAAGCCAGCUUGGAUGAGAAGGACUCGGGUCAGUCGUCUGGCAGUCUAGGUCACAGCUUGGGAGUGGGUCUGAAUCUGGCCAAGGAGCAGCAGCGCAGUAGCGUGGACAUAUCGAUUCUCCUAACGGACGACGAUUCCAGCAGCAGGCUCAGCGAUACGGGUUCCAUGUCGCUAACGACCAUCACGGACACGCUGGAUAGCAAGUUGCGUAAUUUGCGCAGCGGCUCCGAGUCGAACGAUGAGAACGGAUCGCCCGAGUUUCCCAAGAACCGACGGCACACCUUGGGCCAACCACUGCACCUGCACUCUGAGAACAUUCCGUAUGCGGACGAGUCACCCGAGCGUCUGUUCCAUCAGUUUUGCAAUCCCCUGGACGCGGCCCCUUUGUCGUUGCACCUGAGCCGCUCCUGCACAGCCACCAAUACAAUUGGUGGCGAUGAGAAGCCAUCGAAACAGUCAGGCGGAGUUGCCCCACUGCCUCCAAGUUUGCUGAAGGCGGCGCAUAAAUUGCAGCACUCGGCCACGGUGCCCAUUCAUCAGGGAAGUUCUACGGCGCCGACGAGUGGUGCAGCCACACCCAUUGGCACGCCCACUGGGAGCAGUGGCGCCGGUGCAAUUCCCUCACGCAGCUCCUCGAGCAGUGUCACCACGCUAACCAAAAGCAUGCAUCCCAGAUUCAGUAACUAUAUGAGCUACGAGAGGAGCAAUGCGUCUGCUGGUGGAGCUGAUAGGGCGGUGGGAUCCGCUGGAGGAGCUGCCUCAGAAGACGAUUCCGAGGGAUCCACCACCAGCGAUCCUAAGGAGAAGCUGCUGCUUGGAGAACGUCCGUCGCCGUCGUUUUUUCUCGAGCGCUACAACAAAAAGAGACGCGACCAUCGGUUAUUUCGGAGUGCCAGCUUCAAUUGCCGGAACUACUCCACCCGGCACAUGACGACACAAUCAUCCGGCGGAGGAUCGGCGGGAGUAUCGGGCGGAGUAGCUGGACCAGUGGCAGUGGGUGUGGCCUGUUGCCAGGCUUUGAGUGCCACGGGCUUGACAAAGGACGAGAAGACUGACAUGAACUUGACCAAGAAACGCCAGAUCCAGAACAAGCAGAAUCGCUCCAUUAAGCGGCGGCACACCGUGGGCGGACCACACGACUAUUCCGCCAGCAAUGGCAGCUGCUCGAAUCACGCCUAUGGUCACGAUCUGGCGGCCAUAAACUACAAUCACCACAAUCGGCACCAUCAGCAGCAGUUGCUCAAACUGGGCAGCGCUUCAUCCGGCGGCGGAGGCAAUGGGGCAGCUGCGGCGGAGACGACGACCACCACAACAACCACUACCACCGUGCUGCGGCGCCUUGGAACAGGUCAAGCUGGCGCCGAAGCCAGUGUAGCAUUGCCUGGAUCUAGUUCGGGAUCCAGCAGCAAUAACAACAACUCGCCGCAAAGCGAUGGCAGCAAUGGCAACGGCGGUGGAGUGGCAGGAGUGGCCUCUGGUGCACCGCCAUCUGGUGUGGUGGUGGGUGGCGGCGGCGUCAACAACAGCAGCGGCAGCAGCAGCAACAGCAGCAGCACCAGCACCACACCAGCUGGCAACGGGGAUCAGGUCCUAGAAGUGGGCAUACGCAUCAAGAACUUGAACCGAGGUCGCUUCUAAAAAUCUCGAUCUCCAAAAACUAAACGUGGUUUAAACAGUCUGCUUAACUGAACUUUAAAGAACGCAGUUUAAACAAGAACUAAAGCGGCUUAAAACAGUCUACAAAAUGAACAUUAUAAAGAAGCUGGUAAAAAGCGUAGUUAUAUAUCAUAAUGCAGGUUGCUGCGAUGAAACCACUGGUUAGAUCCCACUUAAGAACCACAGUUUGCAUGAGUAUUAACAGGGUUUAAUAUAAAAACAAAAGCGUAACAAGAAGAUAUUUAACAAUAGUCUGUUAAACACACAAAAGCAAAACACACAUUUUAAAACCAAAAGUUUAAAUGAAUGUUAACCUGAGUAAUGUUGCUAAAAAAAAGAAAAAAGCAGGAUCCUAGUAGCAGAGUAGCCUGGCUUCAGCCCAGCUCUUGUAGUUUGUUUUACCAAAAGGGCCAAACUACGUUUAAAUCCGAUGAGUGUUUGGCUAUGUAACUUGAAAAGAGCAAGAAAACUUGAAGCUACUUCGAUUCUGUGAAGAAUAGUCAUCAUAAUCUAUAUUACUAAAUAUCUAUAUCAAUGUGCAGUUGGGUCUUAAAAGUUAACCAAAAGGAAUGUAAGAAAGCAGUUGAUGGCAAAACAAAUCAGAAGAGCAGUUAAAAUACGUAUUAUCACAUAUUAUAUCACGAUAUAUUUAUAUAUUCAUGUGCAGAUGCCCAGGGAGUUGUGUCCAAAAACCUAUGAAAACUGAAAACAAAAUCCUAUGAAAAACCAAGCAGACCAAGAAAGACCUGAUAACCAAGUGGUGCAUUCAAAAUAUUAAAGUUGGCAAAGAUCCGAGAUCGAAUUGCUUAAUGCACUGUAAAAAACAAAAAGAAGAGUCACAACUCCCAGGGAAAACAAAUCUUAACAAUGCAACGCAGAAGAAACAAUCUUAGAUGAAAACUAAACCGAGGGCAGGAAGAAAAUUAUUCGCACACACAAAAUACACACAAAAUAAAUGGGAACCAAGCAAAGAUCUGGGUGGAGACAGAGACAGAGAGAGACAGAGAUAUAUAUAGUGGGGGACAGAGAGAGAUUAUUAUAAAGGGUGACAAAGAGAGAGAGAGAGAGAGGUAGAGGUAGAAAGAAAGAGAGAGAACUAUUUUGUAAAACGUAUACAACACAGAAUACAGAAGAAUCGCAUAAAUAACCACCUAAUGUAUAGGAACAAUCGAAAGUGUCGCCUGUCCGGUCGUUUUGGACGAGUCCCUCAGACAACAAAGUUGUGUUAGGUCCUUGAUAAGGAUAAUAUUUUUUCGUUUAGUUGAGAGGUUUUUGUUUUGUUUUUCUUGUGUACCGGUGUACCUGCUGUAAAAAAAAAACAAAAAAAAAAGAGAAAAAAGGAGAAAAUCCGUAGAGAAAUCCCAUUUUUGGUGCCUUAAAUUAUUUGCUUUAAAUUCUGGAAAACCUAUUUUUCUACCAAAAACAUUUUAAACUUUUUUUUUUUUGAUAAACAAAUUUUUUUUAGAAUGCAAUUUUGGGCGGUGCUGCAGGAUGUGCAUGAUAUAUAUAUAUAUAUAGGUGCAGCUAUAAAGCUAUAUAAUAGAGAUAUAUAUUUAUAUUCCGCACACAAGCUGAUGUCCUGGCAGGCGACCUAGAAGAAGGUUUGAUCGAUAGAGCGACUAUAUGUCUACCAUAUAACGCACGAGGAACGGCAUAAAUUUACAUUUACAUAUAUAAUAUUAUAUAUUUUUGUGUAGUUUGUAUAUGAUUUAAGUUUGUCAGAAACAAGAACGCAUCAAGGUACAUGCAAACAUUAAUGAUUAAGCAAUUAGAUAGUAGUUGUAUAGUAUUCCUCCCAUUUUUUUGCUGUAUAUACGAUUUAAUUUUUUUGAUUUUAUUCACGAUUAUAAUUUAAAACACCGACCCCAACCCCAAAUAUGGAUAUAUAAAGGAUUAUAUAUUUUUUACGCAUUUUGUUUUGUUACCCGAAAGCAGAAACAAAAAAGAUAAAAAGAAAGAAAGAAAGAAAGAAAGAAAGGUAUAUAGAAGGAACCCCAAGCGCGUAACGUUGCUAUAUAAAUAUUAUGAUUAACUAAAAACAAUUUUUUGUUAGACUUUAGGUAGUUAUUUUUUAAAAAUUGUAUUUUCUAUUAUACAUGUAUACAUCUAUAAAUAUUUUAUUUGUAUUAUGAUUUUUUUUCAAACAAAAAUAAAUGUGGAUUUUCUAUAAUGCUAUAAACGACGACACAAUAAAAAGGAAACAACCAAUAUUAAGAAUAAAUUGUACAACUAUAAACCAGAAA